AUGGACACUUAUAUAACAGAAGAGCAAAAGAACAAACCAAAAAAGAGAAAACUGGAUUCAGUCACUACUACUACUACUUCAUUGAAUGCUGAACAAGUGAAAAAAAGAAAAAUAGAUUUGGAUGAUCCGGUUAUAAUUCCCGAGAAAAAAUGCAGUACAAAACGUAAGAGGGAAUCUGAUGAAGUAAAGGAAAACAAACAAAAUAAAUUAGAUAUGAGUGACGUAAUUCCGUCUCCAUGGAACCAACAUAACCGAAAACGGAAGAUUCAACCAGAUGAUCAUGAUGAUUAUGAUGAUGAUGAUAACAUACCUAGGAAAGUUAAAGUUAUAAGUACCUAG